AUGGUUAUGGACAGGGACAUCUUUGUGUCAAUUUCAUCAACAGAUGUGAUUUAUAGCCGUGGCUAUGCAUUUGAUAGCCAAGGACUGGGACAAUUGACCUACCACAAUGAACUCACCAAAGCAGAUGGUCUGAACUUGUGCAUUGUCAAAAACUUUGUGAUUGAAGUUUCCAAGAAGUUGCCGAGGCUUACAUUCAAGGGUGCUUCAGACGUACUUGGAAGCAAUGGCUUGAAGAAUAUGUACACCAUGAGGAUGGGAUCUUUUGAAGAUGCAAGGCGACUCCUGAACAUACUGCAUCUUCUAGAACAAGCGGCAGGUCAAGCUUCCGAAGGCAACCGCAUUUUGCUCCCAGAUCCACAGUCUGUCGAGGCCAUCACUACUCGUACCUUGAUUGGUGCUGAAAACGAGGAAGUCAAACGCCACUUGAUUUUUUCAAAGCUCAUCCAGCUUGCAAUCAAAGAAGACGGAGAACUUCCUUCUGUAUCCAAUGAACACGCUGUUGUAGCUCCUCCUCAUUGUUUUACUCUUGGAGACGAUACCGGCAUUAGUGGUGUUGACAUUAUUGAUGUAAAUGCAUCAUCGUCUCAUUGUGAUAAAGCUAAUGAAGCAGACAAUGAUGAUGAGUCGGCCCACGAUGAAUCUCAACCUCUCACACCUGACAGUGCCAAAUGGCAGGAGUCACAACAAUGGCAAUCCGCGUUCUAA